AUCACAGCAAUCAGUGUAGAAAGUCCAACUGCUUUGUCGGUUUUUGAACAAAAUUUCAAAAUCUAAAAAAAUCGUUCAACAUGAGUCUUAUAAAAUCGAGUCGAUCUCCUAUUUCCAACUUAAUGAGAGUCGUUCAUUUAGCUUACAAAGGUGAACAAAGCGAAACAGUUGGUAGUGCAGGCGCAAUUCGCCAAGAUGGAGGCGCCUUUGGAAAACUUGGUGCAGCGAAGGAGGCUGAAUACUUUUAUAAAGAGCAAGUGGAACAACUGAAAAAACUGUCUCGCAAAGGUCCGCCACCUUACAAAUCAAAAUGAACCACUUUGAUGCCAUCUCUUUCAAU